GGCGCCAUUACCUGUUUUCAGAGCACAGGGACUCCUUUCUGCUACAUAUUUCCCUAUCUCGUCUCCUCCGCCUGUGGUCAGAGCCGCUGAGCUGACAAGUCUCGGCAGAGUGCGGGUUUGGCGCAGCUUUAGGCGGCUGCUGGUUGUCGCUGUCUGGACUCGCCGCUGUUCGCAGUUCUAAAGUGUUUUUGUUGUUUUUUUGAGUCGUAGUCUCGAUCGGCUCCAGCUGCUUCGGGGAAGGGACACACAAGCUUUGCAAGCUAACGUUAGCCGAUAGCCCCCGUGGUUAGAUUUUUACGGGGCUUAUAUCCGCUGCUGCUGCUGCCCCGCCAGGUAAAUCAGCUAAAGCUCCUCAGCCACGAUGGUUUCUCUCGUUUCGGCCACUUCUCGGUGUUGACAUUGAUCAUUAAUUCAUCUGUUCCGAGAAGCUCCGCUUGGUCUGUGCGCAGGUUCGGCCCGCUUUUGUUUUUAUUGUUGUUGUUGUUGUUUCUGCACAGAAGCAACAGAAAGGAAAAGAAGAAAAAGAAAAAAAGCAGAAGUUGUUGGAGGGGGUGGGGGGAGUAGGUUUGUUUUGGCUAGCUAGGGUUAGCUUGGUGUCAACAAAAGCGUCAGCUGCUGACUCGGGAUUAUCGCGAAAAGCUCCACAAAGCAGGAUGGCGCAACACGACCCCUCGCAUGUCGCCAGCUCGCAGAAAGCGCUGAUGCUGGAGAUGAAGAGCCUCCAGGAGGAGCCCGUGGAGGGCUUCAAGAUAACUCUGGUGGACGAGGCGGACCUGUACAACUGGGAGGUGGCCAUCUUCGGACCGCCGAACACUCACUAUGAAGGGGGAUAUUUUAAGGCUCGGAUCAAGUUCCCUACAGACUAUCCUUACUCCCCGCCUGCUUUCCGCUUCCUCACCAAAAUGUGGCAUCCCAACAUAUAUGAGAAUGGCGACGUCUGCAUUUCUAUUUUGCACCCACCAGUGGACGACCCACAGAGCGGAGAGCUGCCUUCGGAAAGAUGGAAUCCUACCCAGAAUGUCCGGACCAUCCUACUGAGUGUGAUCUCGCUGCUGAACGAGCCCAACACGUUCUCCCCCGCCAACGUGGACGCCUCGGUCAUGUAUCGCAAAUGGAGGGACAGCAAAGGCAAGGACCGGGAGUACGUAGAGAUCAUCAGGAAACAAGUGAUGGCCACCAAAGCUGAAGCCGAGCGCGACGGAGUCAAGGUGCCCACCACGCUGGCCGAGUACUGCGUCCGGACGCGCGCCCCGGCCCCCGACGAGGGCUCCGACCUCUUCUACGACUAUUACUACGACGACGACGACGUGGAGGGGGAGGACGGCGACUGUUGCUACGACGAGGACGACUCCGGCAACGAGGAGUCAUGACGCGCUUUUUUGGUGGCAGAAGCGCCUAAAUCUGUCCGACCAAUGCUCCUCCUUUCUCUCUCUGCCCGGGUUGCCAGAUACUCCAGGUUUACAACCAAGAUUGGAAGCUUCCUUCUUCUAAAUCAAUAAGAGCUUUUUUUCCUUGAGCCUUAGAGGUUAAAAGUUGAUGCCUCGCCCCUCGAGGGUCAGACUUGGUCAAAUUUGCACCAGCAAGAAACAAGUCACCAGUUCCGUUUUUUUGCGUUUUCCGGUCCUCAUCGUCACCUAAACCUUACUUUGAGAGAAUUGCGUAACUGCUCACCUAUUCCAGCGUCGUUAGUUCAUGCGUUUAGAUUAAAGUGUUGUUGUUGGGUAAGUACCACUGCGAACAGUGACAUUUACUGGUGUAAACUCUCCAAAACAUGACUCAGCCUCUUUCUCCCCGUCUCAUAUGUGUAUUUCUCUAAUUGUAAGUGGCUGCUGCUCUCUGAUGGAAAUUGCCCAGUUUACGCAGCCUGUUUGUGCUGGACAAAGCUCGACGUUUCUAAGUUUUACAGCCUCUCUCUCUCUCUGUCUCUCUCUCUGUCUCUCUCCCUCUCCCUCUUCGAUAGGACAAGGCACGAAUGAAUUGUUACGUGACAGUGUUUUCAUAGUUCUUGUGCAUGCCAGAGAAUCUCGGAAAGCUUUUUAUCUCUGUCUUACUUACUGGUGGACUGUUUGCCUCCUUCACGACCCGCGACCACGCAAAGACUUUGUCGUGAUGACGGAGGAGCGGCCGGCCGGCCGAGUCGGCGGCUCAGUUCCUCACACGAGCAACGCAAACUUUUUUUUGCUAACAUGAAACUGAUGUUUGCUGGCUGUCUUCUAGUUGCUGUUGGACGUGUUUCUCCGGGGCUGUGUUUGUUCGGAUUUCCAGGACGUGUAAAACGACCGUUUUGUUGAGGUUUUUUGUUUUGUUUUUUAAGGGGAAUGGGCAUAGAAGAAACUGUUGAUCAGAGUUUUAUUUCUCCUUGGGCUCGGUCUCUGCAACGCCUGACUGACCCAAAGACCUAUAGCAUUGUGUAGAAGAAACCCUUCAGCGUUUUUGACUAGUGUUUAGCGUGCUCUCUGUCUUUCUUUGCUUUUCUGGCCCUCUUGCAAGCUUCAUGAUUAUAAUUGGCUUUAUUUAAUUUUUUUUGUUAGACAUUUUUGCUCAAGUGGUUGGCCAAGAGACCUGUAGAUAGGAGGACUGCUAGGAUUACUGAAGUUUUCAGCCCUUCAAGUGGAAGUAAGAAGAAUCAGACCGCCCUGUUUUAUUUCUCAUGACCUAUUCUUUGUGUUAGCUAAAGGUGAACAGACUUUGAUGAUAUUUUUAGAGUGUAUGGGUGUCCUGCGUGUAUUCUAUUUUUCUGCAGCAAUAUUGAUUUUAAAUUUCUUUUAAACCGGGACAUCAUAAAGAAUUUCUCAGGAGAAAAUUACAUGCGACAAAACAAUUAAGACAAGCAACUAAUUUCCUCUUGCGGUGGUCUUCAGUGUUGUUUUACAGCUUCUACAGGAACCAUAAUCAAUAUGCACACGUAGCUGUACCAAUGAUCACCACGUUGUUUUAUUUACCUGUGUCUGUUUUUUUAUUUCAGCUAUUUAAACCGGAAAUAAAAAUUUAUUUGAAAGAA